AUGGGAGAAGCCCCGGCUUUCAUUGUUGAUGACAUGCAAAAGAGUUUUUCAGACAGAUUUGAUCUGAAACUCAAAGGCUUCGAAACAGCCACUGUUAUCGGAAGCAAAACAUAUGUCAUUAAUGGCACUGAUGAUCCGACAUCAAGUGGAGUUCGUGUCUUCAACAACUCUACAGGCGAAUGGGUGAUUCCAACUAUUCUAGGGACAAAACCAAAGUCCCUAAAAGGACACUCAUCUGUCGUUUUGAACGAAGACAGAAUCUUGAUCAUCAAAACCAAUUCCAAAUCCAACGAAUGCGUUUGGUUCCUCGAGGUGGACACACAAUUCAUUCGUGACCAAAAGAUGAAAUGUGAGACCGAAGUAGUUGCAUGGAGCAAGGGCGUUAUCGGUAAUUCCGAGCAACCUGUGGUGAUCAGUGGCCCAUCUGGUGUAGGCAAGGGCACCUUAAUUAACAAGCUCAUGAAAGAUUUUCCAACAAUGUUUGGGUUUUCUGUUAGCCACACAACCCGUUUAGCAAGAGAAAAGGAGAUAAACGGAGAGCAUUAUCAUUUCACAAAACGAAGUGUUAUGGAAGAAGAGAUCAAAUCCGGAAGAUUUCUUGAAUUUGCUGCAGUCCAUGGCAAUCUUUAUGGAACUAGCAUUGAAUCUGUUGAUGUUGUUGCUGAUGCUGGAAAGAGAUGUAUUCUUGAUAUUGAUGUUCAAGGAGCAAGAUCUGUGAGGGCGAGUUCUCUUGAAGCUGUUUUUAUUUUUGUUCGCCCUCCUUCAUUUGAGGAGCUUGAGAAUCGUCUUCGUGCAAGAGGAACAGAAACCGAAGAACAAAUCCAGAAAAGACUUAGAAAUGCUAAGGCUGAGCUUGAACAAGGAAAAUCUCCAGGUCUUUUUGAUCAUAUCUUGGUGAAUGAUGAUCUUGAAGCUUGCUAUGAACGACUUAAGGAUCUUUUGGGUAUUAGUGAAAGCAUGAACGUUACCCCAAAAACAGCAAGUAAGGUGUUUGACUUGCCUGUGGACUUCACGUUGACCAAAGUCAGCGAAAAGAUCAUCAUAAAGAAUGCUGAACAGGAGAUUGUGCUUGAUUUAUCUUUGAUGAAAGGAGGGGCACCUGGUCGGACAAGAGGACUAGAGAUGCAUGUGAAUUAUGAUUGAUUCAUUUAUGGAAAGUGCCAAGUUUUAAAUCGAUCUUUUUGGUACCUUAAGUAGACAUGAAUUACCAUUUUAGUUUCAUGUUUGAAGGAAAAGACAAAAGAAAAAGUAACUUGUAGUUAGAUUUCCCAUUUUCUGGGGUUCCUUUUUUCUUGUUUUAAAGGUCAUUUUGAAUGAGGGAUGGAGUAACUUUUGAGAUUUCAAUUUUGGGGGAAUGGACAAUGACAAAUGAGAUGAAUUUUGGCCAUUUAUCUGAUAUACAGUUUCUGACUUAUGGCAUGUUGAAAAAUGCUAAAUAUCAUGAAUGUGAACUGAACAUGUCAAAUUUAGGUCAGUUUGCAUGAACAUAUAUAUUGUUAUUGAAGAUUCAACCUGUUUACAAAAAAUAUCAUAUAUUUCCAUGAACAUCUAAACAUUUUUUCGAAGAUACCUUUUCCUGGAUUUUGUAAUGUUAGAAAUGCAGUACGGAAAAAGCUUGGAAAUUCUGAGAAUUAUGGUUUUCACUUUCAGAUUAAAGUAUUUGGGUGGUACUCCAAAUUUUUAAUCGGAUAAGACUCAUAAUUGUGAGAAAACAGAAGAGAUAAUGUUUUGAUGAUAUGAAGAAGAAGUGUACCAACUACAGAUUCGGAUAUGAUCAUAUAAUAGAAAAAACUUCCUGUUUUAAAACUACCACAUGACAGUUUUGUGUCUUAAAACUGUCUACAAACGGUCAUAAACAACCUUAAAUCUGGGUCUAGAAUAUGGAUCACAAAACUGGGUACAUUUAUCAAAAAUCCGGAUUUAUCCUAGCUAGGGGCUCUGCCCCUUGGACCCCGCUCCCAGGGGCGCUGCCACCAGACCCCCGUCAGUUUAGGGGCUUCGCCC